AGUGAAGCAUACGAUGUAUUGAUCGUUGUAUUUGUUAGUCUCUUUGUUCCCAGCUUUGUCCAGCGUCGGUUCAUCUGCGUUAGUGAGUCCUGAACAAUUCGUCAUAGAUAUUACUGUUUAACAUUAUUACGAGAUCGAUACUUACCGUGCCUACUUUACUACUAUUCUUUAAACAAAUUUCUUUUCUUUUAAAAUUUGAUAUUCGUUCGUUGCUUUCGUUCGUUGUGUAGGUAUUUGUUUGUUUCGCCGCAGUCAACUGGUCUCUCCAAAUAAUUGUUGCUUGCCUAGUAUUUUGAAUACCGAUUAUUCAUAUUUUGGAGGCGACAAAUUAUAGUACGUAGAUACAUUUCUCUGUCGAUUUUAAUAUAUAACUCUUUACAGUCUAAGUCAAUUUUCGUAAACAUUAAUAAAAUGGGAUCAAGUCGGCGUACUCAUAAUAUGGGAAUAAAUGAAGCGGCCGAAUUUAUGAUGUCUAACCAAGUCAAUUUGAAAAAGACCAUAAAUAGUGCCCUAUUAUGUAUAAAUUGGUAAGUAUCCUAUAGUAUUUUAGUAAUUAUAUUAAAUUUUGAAUCUAAAAUGUUUAUAAACACCUAUGUACAAUGUUAUAGAAAUAGGUACUAAUGUUAAUUAAAAUUAAACAAAUAUCGAAGUUUCAUGUUAUAAAUGAGGUUUAUAUAAUAUAUUAAUUAGCAUAAAACUUGUAUUGUCAUAUCUAAAAAUUUAUCAAAUUAAAAUUUUACAAUUUUCUGUGGUGUUAAUAUAUCUUUAUUUAUAAAAAUGGACCCCAAUUUACAUUGGUCACAUCAUCACUAGGGAACACAUUUACCGAUCCUGUUCAUCUUAUUUUUAAAUUAAAAAGGACCUCACGGAGCAUGUUUUUAGACAUAAAUUAAAUCUUAUAAAGUUGGGGUUCUGAGAGGAAUGUGUGGUGAUGAUGAAUUGACAAUGGUGCUAAAUAAUAAUAUAUUUUUGUUUAUUGUAUGGUUGCUAUUGGUUGUAAAUUAAAAUAAUAAUAGUAUAUUGGUUGCUAUUGAUUAAUCAGGCAAAUUUAUGUUAAUAUGAUAUAAUUUUAAUCAUUUUUACAUUUUUACUAUUAGAAUAUGUAUACAUUAUUUAUUUGUAUGUUUAGCGGGAUGAUACAAAUAAGUACCAAUAUUUAUUACAUAUGAAUUAAUACUGUGAAUGAAAUUAAAAUGUUCUAUUAAUAAUAAUAUGAUACAAAUGUUAUAUCUGUAUUGUUUAGAUAAUAUAAAAUAAGUUAAGAAUAUUUAUAUCUAUCUAUAUUCUAUAUUAUGGGAUAUAAUAUUCAAAAAUGUGUUACUAAUCCUAUUUUUUGGAUUAUAGUAAAAGGACUUCUAAAGAUUGGGUUGUGCUUUUUAAAUGUCGUCACAUAAUCUGUAAAGUGUGCAUUAACAAAGUAAACGCACUUAUACAAACUGCUAAUGAUCCUUCUAUGAGAGGGAAAUCCCGUUGUCCAGCAUGUAAUGUUAUAUAUACGCCUGAAACGGACAUGAAGAAUCAAGAUGGAAUGAAACAGCAUUUUAAAGAUUUGAAACAAUUUCAUACAGUAUUACGUGCCAACAUGUAAGUUAUUAUUUUUAUUUUUUGUAAGUAAUAUUUUAUAAUUUACCUGACUUACGAGAAUUUGUAUGUAGAACGACAAUUAUUUAGUUAUAAAUUAAUGUAUAAUAAAAUUCAAAGAAUUAAAUUGGAUAGUAUAUGGUUUAAUAUAGUAUACUAAUCAAGUCUAAUUUAACAAAUAUUUUAAUGAUUAAAUUAUAAGUCCAUUAUUAUUUAUAAAACAAGUAGCAGACCAGGCCAGAAGAAUACCCAUAAAAUUCCUGGUAGCCACUAUGCUUAUUAUGAUAUGUAAAAAUAAAAAUGUCAAAUAUUCAUGAUCUAUAAACUUUUGAAAAUUUUUAGAUAAAAAAAUGCCAUUAGAGUAACAUCUUUGGCCAUAACAUAUUUAUUUGAUUCCUCUUUUUGUCCUCGCCUUGACUGCUCUACUAUUUGCAAUGCUUCUCAUCUCUUCUUAAAUUAUCUGCUCUUUCCAAUUAGCAUCAUUUUCUCUCUUCUUUAUGUUCCUCUGAUAAUAUUCUUUUUUCGCUCCAUCAUAUUUUCCAAUGUUCCCCUUAUCUAUUCAAUAAUUUAUUUAUUUUCCUCUGAAAGCUUUCUUUUAUAAUUUUUUGUAUUACUUUGUGUUAUUAUUUUUAUAAUGACUGAAGUAUAUAUAUGUUUAUUACACCUCUUAAUAAUAAAACAUUUAUUUAUUUUCACUAAUGUGGUAUUAUUUAUUACAGAGCUAGACAACAAAGAAAUGAAUCCACUGAACCCGCUAAUAACUCACAGGUCAAGCAUUCAUCGGUUCAAGUGCCAAGAAAUAAAAUAUGUGGAAUUUCUAAUGGAGCUGCUUCAACAAUGUACAAAGCACUGGUAAAUUUCUAUUUUCUGUAUACAACAAAAAAAGUUACAAUAUAAUAAUUAUAGUUUUUAGUUAAACAUACUAUAUUUAAAGAAACUUAUUUGUAUUAUUAUUAUACAUAAUGUAAGUGAAGUAUGUUAAAUUUUGCUUUAUUAACAUAAAUAUAUAUUACAACAUAAACAUACAUAUUAUACUAUAUUAAAUAGUUAAUAUUCGAUAUAUAGGUUUUGACGUCAUUACUAUUCCUACAGAGAAAAAAAAAUAUCUAUUAUACAGUGGCAUUUAUUUGUAAUUAAAUAGUACUGUAUUUUAUGAAAAUUAUGAAUCAUAAACAAAACUGUAGUUCUAUUAGUCAGCAUUGUUAUAGAAAAUUGGUUCCAUAAAUGCCCAUAAAAUAUAAUUUUCUGUUUCAAAACAAAUGAGAUUGUAACUAAUAUAAUUAAAUCUUUUUAUCUCUUACUAAUUAGUACUAAAUAUACAUAAUCAAAUUUUGGAUUAAGAUUCUAUAUAACACAAGCAGAAUUUCUAUUUGACUGCUACUUUUUACAUAAUUGAGAAAAAAAUAUGUAAAUGCUAGAAGUCCCUAAGUCUAGUUAUAAGAUAUAAUUAAUUUUAGCUUAUAUUAUUAUUUACAGGUUAAUCCUACUACUGACCAUUUACAAAAUGUUGGAUCAUUAUCAUUGAAUGAUGGGCCUUCAAGUAGUUCUAGCAUGGACAUUCAUAUCCCCAAACCUGAGCAAAAUACCAAUGAUGAAAUAACAACAGAAAUUACUGAAAUUAAGGAGGGUGAUGAAGAUUUGAAAGAUGAGACCCCAGAUAAACAUGAUUAAUAAGUUUAUUCUUUAUAGAUAUUAUGUAAUUAUAAUAUUUUCUAUAAAAUCAUAUACAGGUUUAGCACUAUCUUGUAUAUAUAUGUAUAUUUAAUUUUUAUUCUUUAUGUUGUAGGGAGCUGAACUUGGAUAUUAUAACUAAAAACUAUACAAGGCGAUCAAUCUAUCAUAAACAAUUAUUAUCUUGGAAAGAAUUAACUUUUUUUGUAAUUUGUUUUAUAGAAUACUUGAGAAACAAGCAGCUCCAUAAUUCUACAUUUAUUUUAUUUUUCAUCGCUCUUAUUUUUGGUGGUAAAACUACUAAUUAUUUUUGAUUUUAAAAUGACAAUCUAUUUACAAAAUUCCAUAAAUGGAAGGAGUAGUUGCAUUUUUAAGUUUGUACAUGAUAUUUUAAUAAUGCACCACUACUAUUAAUUUACCCAGUAUUAAAAGUAGAAUAUCUUAUCAUUGGAUUGAUCAACAAUUUUUAUAACAAAUUUUUUUUAACUUAAUAUUCUAGCUUUUUAUGGAAUUUUAGAUUCUAAGCAAGGGAAAAAUUUAUUGGUUUCACAAUGUUUUUUAUUUACUGUAAAAAAUUUAGGCCAUUCACAAUCCCUAACAUUAAAAUGGAGAAUUUAUGAGUUGUUAUUAUUCAAAUAUUCUUGUUGGCCUAAAAUCCUAGAAUUAAUUAUGAAAACACUUGUAAUAUAUUUUCAGGAAAACAAUUUAGUCAAAUAAAACAGUUAAAAGUGAAGCAAUUAAAAGAUAUAAAGUUUUCACUAUAUCUAUGGGCACUGAUUUUUCUAUUGAAUCGGAUAUAUUAAAUGCAAACUAAUUAUUAAGAUUAUCAGAUUUAACAGUUGACUUUUCUGAUAGUAACAAUUUUUUUUAGGAGUUCACACCUUAAAAAAAACUAGCUAUUUAUACAUUUGAAACAAAAGCUAUAAAAUAGAAUAAAUGUAUAAUUUUUUUUAUAUUUUGACAUCUACCAUUUUUAGAAUAAGAAUGCACUGGGUGGCGGACUCUGUCCAUAUGUGCACAUGUCUUCUAACUAAUUAUUAGUAACCAAUCACAGAAUCUGGCGCUGUCUGGAUGCAUGCUGUCUUCUUAUUUUGAAAAUGGUAUAGACUUUAUCAUUUAUUUCUUGAUUUUCUAUACAACUAAUUAUGUCUUAUAAUAAACAUCUAUAUUGUUUAAAUUAUAUAAUUUAUGUUUUAAAUAUAUUUUUUGAAUCACAAUAUUUUAAAUUCUGUAUUGAAGGCCUCGUUUAAUUUUUUCAGAAUAAAUGGCAAUUGGUCAAUCUAUUCAAUUAUAAAUUUUAUGUUUACUCGGUACCACCAGGAGUUUUCCAAGAAGGACAUUUGUCCUCUCUACUGUUCUCUCUCUGAACAGUGCCCGCUAUUUUCUUAGGUUUAGUCAGCUUAUUUGUUUUACGGAUGACAUGAAAUUAUUCCAGAAAGACUGAUAGUUUUGUUGUCUGGGCACUUAAUAUUAAUAAUUAAUAAAUGCAGGUCAAUGAUUUUUGUAAGAAGUCAUUGUCCUAUAUUUUUUUUUAGUAUGUCAUCAAUCCUCCAAUUCUUAUACUCAUCCUUCCAAUUGUUCUAAUUUACAAAAAAAAUUAAAUUAUUUUGUUGAUUGGAGCACAUUAAAUUGUCUCCCUUUGAAUUUAAUUAAAUGUAUUACAAUGUCAUUUGUUCAUAAUAAUAGUUUUAUUAUAUUUCUAGUAUUCAAUACUAUUAGAGAUUUGUGUAUUUUUUAAAAUUCUAAUUUUACAUUUAAUUUUAAUAUAAUUAUUAAUAAAGCCUUCAAAAUGUUUGGUUUUUUAAAUAAAACUCCUGAUUUAUUAUUUCAAGUUACAAUUGCAUAUUCCAGUGCAUAAAACAUGAUCAUUAGCAUUGUUUUUUGUACCUGAUUGUAUAACUAACUUAGCUGCUGGUGAUUUUUUCUCUAGAGCUUUAUUUUAGCAAACUUUGUGUGUAUGUUUAUUAAUUUUUUUGAUAUAUUUUGUGUUUGAUUUAAGUAUGGUGUUUUUUCAAUUUUACAUUCUAAUUCAUAAUUUCUUAUUAUAUAUUCUCUUUUUUUUUUAUAAUUGUAUGGUCGAUUAUAUUCGAUUUAUUAAUAAAUAUACUUAUUUAUUAAUUAUUAUUACUUAUUUUUCGUAUCUAAAAGGCAUAAUGUCUGUUCAUAAUAUAUAAAUUUAAAUUAAAUUAAAAAUUUUCAUAAUUUUUCUUAAUUUUUAAAUAAAGUUUUCUUAAUUUUUAAAUAAAGUUUUUCUUAAUUUUUAAAUAAAGUUUUUCUUAAUUUUUAAAUAAAGUAUUUCUUAAUUUUUAAAUAAAAUUUUUCUUUUUGUAUUUUUUUUUUUUUAGUAUUUUAUAUCUUUAAUUAUAUAAAUUUAGUUUAUGCAUUAGUUAAUAGUUGAUAUAUAUUUAAUGUAUUUUAAUUAUGAUCUUACUCUAUAUUGUAAUCACAUAUUAUUUUUAACUAUUAGAACUGCGUUGAAAUUGUACAAAUUACAAAUUGCCAGUUGGCGUAAUAAUAAACCAUAUAAUAUUAAUAUUAUUGUAAGACAAAUUUGAUUUAUAUUUAUUUUAUUUUUUGGGAUCUUAGAUAAAUAAUGGCAUAAUGCGUUCAUAAUGAAUU